CCUCGACAACCAAACUACGACAGAUGCCCACGUCGGUGCGAGACGCCAAGUUGUCUUCCCGCGCAUCAAACUACCCUUUUUCACUAUGCCGUAUCCUCUCGGCCCCAUCAUCAAUGGCUCUGUGCCGCCCAGAGUCUCCAUUCUCAAGUUCCGCGUCGGCGCACCUACUCUCCACCCUCUCCCGCUGAAAUGCACGUGGGACGACGUUUGCGCCACUCUCGACAAGUACUUUGGGGACAGAUUCGUGGAGAAAGCGCGAGAGGUUCUAUCGAGGAACAACAUCCUGUAUCGCAAAGUCGAGCUCACUUCCCGCACCAUCCAUGGUGAAUCAUCCAAAUCCAAUGCCCGGCCCAUUAUCUUCAUUGUCGCCGACUGGUCCGACAGCGCCCGAUACGUCUGGCCACGGAUUGUCCUGGCAGUCAAGGAAUACGUCGAUUCCGAGAUUGCAAAGAACACUCAGCUCAGCCACAUCUCCGUCCAUGUCGAGAUGGUCGCGCCGGAGUUGACCAUGCGCAAGUACCUCUCCCCAGUGCCCAACGACAAGACGCUCCCUGGCUUAGAGCGAGACUGGCCUAUGAUCAAGACGAGAGUGCGCGAGAUGCUGGAGAGUGCCCCGGCGACAUCCUCACACAUCACGGCCAUCUGUCUCUUCCGACUUGGAUACGAUCCACACCAUACGGAAAACCCCAAGACGGUCUACGUCUCUGUCGACUACGAGUCAAACGAAGAGGGUUGGGCUGUGCUGGUGGACCGGAUCCAAGCAUAUCUCAACACGCUGAGGCAUGACCUCCACUUUCACAUCGAACACAACGCCAUGAACCGUUUCGCCUUCCCCCUGGUCGCGUUAGACCUUGACGACUACGAGAGGAAGGACAGGGAGCAGCGCUUCAACUUCGACAUUAGGCGGCGAUACGAGGAGAAGGUCAACCUCGGCGAAGACAUCUGCGCCGCCCAGUAUAUCCUCCGGGACGACAACCGGAAAUGCUGCCCCACCACCGGAACCCUGGGUUGUUACCUGGGGAUCAAGUCGAAGCGAUACCCAACCUGGACGACCAUGGCCCUAACAAACUACCAUAUCGUCCGACCCACCAUCAAAGGCUUCGAACUCGGCACCAAGCCCAAGGCCGCCACUCCUACCACCACCAGCAGCGGCACGAGAUCCAAACUCAAGCCCCCCAGAAAAGGCACCGACCUCUGGAACGCCGACCUCAAAGGCAUCACCCCCUCCACCGCGGCCACCCGCGCCCCGAUCGAACACCCCGCCCGCGCAAAGCACAACUUCGCCAUCGAAGGCCUGCGCGCCGCCCGCAAAGCCCAGGGCCAGAACUCGGAUGACGACGACGAGGCCACGCUCGCCUGGCUCGCCGGCCUGGACGCCGAGCUGGCCACCAAGCUCGCCUUCUUCGAUCGGGGGAUGAACAAGUUCGGCACCGUGUAUGCCGGCUCCGGAUACAACCGGCGCACGCCGACGACGAACCACCGCCUGGAUUGGGCGCUGGUGGAGCCGUUGGGGAACCGGGUCGGAGGGAAUGUCCUGCCGGAUGAGAGGGCCUGGAAGGGCAAGACGGCGCUGGAGUUGAUGCCGCUGGUGGCGACUUUUGGGAAGACGUUGAGGGCUCCUCCGCCUGAGGGGGAGGGAUCGCUUGGGGAGCUGACGCCGGAGGACCUGGUGUACAAGGUUGGGGCGAGUACGGGGGCUACGGUGGGCGUGUUUAGCAAGGUGAAGAAUGACUGCUCGGUUGCGGAGGAUAGGUAUGUGGGCAGGGGUUUCUCGGAGGAGUAUGUCUUCAUCGGCCGGUGUAACGCCAACGUCAAUUCGGACGUGCGGUUUGCUGAUAUUGGGGACUCGGGGGCAGUGGUUUUUGACAAGAGGGGCAGGGCGCUGGGGGUGGUGUUUACGGGACAGACGCCCCAGCAGGCUGGCUCGGAUGGGUAUUGCUUUGUGACGCCUAUCGAGGACGUCUUUCGCGAUAUCAAGGAGUUUUCGAAGGGGGAUAUCACGGAUAUUAGAAUUGCUGGGACGUGAUGGUUGGGGGAAGGCGUGUAUGAUAGUGUAUUGUUUUUUCAUGGCGUUGGG